AUGGUAGUGAUAGCUGCUGAAUUCUUAUUCCGAUCCUCAUUAGCAGCGUGUAACUGUUCCUGCGCUACUUCAUCUCCUGUUUCUCAUUCACCUCCUAUUUCUCAUUCACUUCCUGCUCCUCAUUCACAAUGUCCGUCAACAUUCAAAUGGUCGCUUAAUGGCCGUGUUGUUGCUGGUUCCGUUUCGGGCAGUGGGUCAUCAUUGACUCAGCUAAUGCAUCCCACAGGAAUAUUUGUUGAUCGUAACCAAAACGUUUACGUUGUCGAUGAGUCUCGUGUGCAACUCUGGUUAAAACAGUCGAAAUCUGGCAAAACAGUAGCGAGCAGAGGUCUGGCCGAUCUAGAAGAUAUUCUUGCCGAUGAUAAAGGAAAUAUGUUUAUUGCAACGGUGAAUUUUAUUCUUUACUGGAAAAAAGGUGCCAGUAGCAGCUCACGUACUAUUUCGUUUAUGGAUCGAAGCAUAUUUCGAUAUAUGUGCUUCGAUGGCGCAAAUAAUUUGUAUGUCACAGAUUCCGGACAAAAUCAAGUUCUCAAAUAUUUUGCUCCGGGAUACGUGUCAAAAGUCAUUGUUGGUGGGGACAAAAACGGCAUAGGAGGAAAGGGUAUGAAUCAAUUAAAUGGACCAGUGAGUGUUUAUGUCGAUGAGAAAUACAAUUUGUUUGUCGUUGAUGCGGGAAACAGGCGUAUACAAAAAUACGCGAAAAAUUCUAAAACUGGUGUGACAGUA